AUGGAAAUAUCUCGAAAAAGAAUGGUUCCCUCAGAUCAAAUUUUAUCAGCAUAUCGACUUUCUCAAAGACUUGCAUCACAAAUAUGUCUUAAGCUUCAUUGUACAAAAUAUCCCAAAAUUUCAAUCUCAUUAAUUUAUAGACCAAAAGAUGGACGCAAACAAAAUUGCAUGUUAGAAAAAGAAAAGGCUAUAGAUUGGGAACUUGGAUAUGUAAUGACUAUUUAUACCAGUCAGGGAAUGAUACUCAAAGCUUUACAACAUAUUGAAGAUGCAAAAAAUAAAAAAGCUAUCAAAUGUUCAUUGAGACUAUUUAUUUCUAAAAAACUCAUAGGAUAUAUGGAUCAAGAUAAGAAAAAAAGUU